ACAAACCGAUCGUUCGAUCAUUCACGCGCACUCUUCGCCUUGGGAGUGGUCGGCAAUAUACUAUCUUGGCCAUUAGUUACAACCCCGGGCCGCAGAGCUAGGGACAUAUGGAUGUGCAUCUGCACGGCAAUGCUCAUGUCUAUUACGGGCUUUCUAGGUCUGGCUUCGGACCGCAAUCAGCCAGCUAUGUGCACCAAAGCAGUGAUUGUACCUUUAUUCAAUCUCUUAUACAACAUUGGUCUUGGUCCGAUAGUGUACAUCCUUAUCGCGGAGCUCCUGUCCACGAACAUUCGCGGAAAGACU